AUGUCUCCCCGCGCCAGUUCUGCAGCUCACCGGAGUACGGCUUCUGCCGCUGCACCCUACCCUAGACGCGCCUCCGGUCAACCAAAAUCAACCAGACAACAAUUCUCUGCGUGUGGGGCAUGCCGCAUGCGAAGGUCUGUCUGUCUUCUCAAAUGCCCGCCGUCCCCAACCUCCUGCUCGAACUGCAAAGAACGUAACAUCAAAUGCGUGGACGAAUUUGCUGAAGUCAAGGCUGUCAAAUUGCUCAGACGCGGUCGCCGACUGCAGCAAGUAGAGGCAGUAUAUGGAAAAGUCACAGAUGCUCCAUCCCCUACACAACACGCGUCCACUCCAACCUCCGCCCCAUCAAAUCUACAGCAGUCCGUCAUCCCUCAGCUCAAGAUUGAGUUUCUGAGUUCCACCUUCUUUCGGAGAUUCUGCGCCCAACGCCCAGUUAUAGAGCCCACUGAGUUCACCACUCGGUACUUUGAGCACCUCAAAGGCUCAACUCCGCUCAGCAUUGAAGGUCAGAUGCUUGCCAUGCUUCUCGUCACCUGGGCCACUUCUUUCGGAAUAAACGAAUAUGGUGCCGAAAUGGAAAUAUCGGACCUCACCCCUACUAGCCCAACAAGCCCAAAAUUUACACCUGACAGUGAUGGCGAACUUUCCGAUCCCAAGCGUGUCUGGGCACUCCGCACGGAGGCCAUGACCCGAGAAAUACUUGCACUCGUUGACACGCAUGGCAUACUACGCCGCCCGUCAUGGGAUGGUGUCAGGGUCAUGCUGCUUCUUCUCCCUCUGACGAAAGGUAUACAAAGUUCAAUGGAGCGUCGCACCACCUACGAGGCUACGCUAUCCCAAGUAUAUGCUCUUUGCUACCUCACCAGCCCCUCAUCAGUCAAUAGCGGGAGCGGUCCGUUUGGUGACGCACUUGUUCGUGCACGGAUAUUUUGGUAUGCAUACACCCAUGAAAGUGUCACGACAGGUCUGCGGGGUGGACGCCUUAUCUUUAAUGAAGAUGAUAUCCACGUUUUUCAGAACACUCUCCCCCCUCAGUAUUCUGCGUCUUCGUCCGCCAGUAGCCCUUCCUCUGCGCCAGGGUCCUCGUUGCCUUCCCCUGCUUCUAGCUCUCCGGUAACUGCGGAAUUCCCGUCCUUCCAUGAUCCUCGUAGUCAUGCCCGGAUGCCAUUCGCCUUCAUGCUCGUGAAGCAGUUCUUCUCCCUUGCUCUUUCUGUUUCAGGAGUCUGCCGGGCGAUACAUACUCAUCUGACCGGACCUCGCGCCCUCCAGUGUGCGGAGGCCGGCAUCUCCGUUGCUCACGAGGCAAUGAUGAACAUAUGGGACAACUUGACGCAUUGUUGGGAAGAUUUCGAAGCGUUUCGUCGCGACGCUGGCAGCACCGUCGGUGGUGGCCUCAUCCGCGGCGAAGACGUCGAACGCAUCGUCAGCGGUUGGCAAGUCUUCAUAUUUGAGUGCCUCAACGUCAUCCGUGAUGCCUUGAAGCAUCGCGUUGACUUGCAGGUUUCUUCCUCAUCUAACAAUGACCGCGCGGUCGCGGCCAACCUUCACGCAUACGCUGUGCGACGAUGCAGGAUGUUCAUUCCGCGCGUCAUCGAUAUCCUGAAACGCCAUCUAGCCGUCCCGUCGAGCGGAUUCUUCAUUCACGAUGCCGGAUUGAUCCGAGGCGGGUGCUUCUUUGCGGGGUUGUUGCUUGCCCAAAGCGAUCUCGAUGGCGAUAUGGAUAUGGAUAUAAAGUGCGAUGAUGGUACACGAUGGGAUACCGAUGUGGAAGAGGGCGUUGAUGUCUGUCUUCGUGCCCUUGGGGAGAUUCGCUGGGUUUGCGCCGACAGCCAUAGACAGGAAAAGUCGCUGAGGGCUCACUGGGAAGCUCGCCUCCAUCGCGAUGACGAUCGCGGCCAAAAAAGCUCCCGUGACUUGGUGGGUAGCCAGAGUUCACAAUCCUACUCUUCAUCGCAGGAUCACUCCCCGUAUAUGCUCGACAAGGCGCCCUUGUCCCGUCCCAACCAACAUGAUGGGUUUCGCUCCCUUUCCCUUGUCUCUGCAGGUGGCCAGGUACGGCCCCUCCUACCUCCCCUUUCAAUGUCCUUUCCGCGCGUUGAAAGCGGCCCAGACACCGCCUUGACGGACGAUGGCGCGGGUAGCUGGUCCGCAUAUACGCCACCGACAACCUCAGGUUCUGCGACAAGCACGAUUGCUACUCAACGUAGUACUUCACCCACAUCGCCUCCUCCUUCCCUUACCUCGACCGAGGACGCCGGUUACAGCAUACCUGACAUGGAGCAGUUUUCCUUCACUGUUGACGGCGCUGCAACUGGACCUAAUUUGAUUGGGCCUGGUCUGGGCUCACCACAUGCUUGGGCUUAUCCUCACCAUCAGCACCUGGACCCCACUAUGAUAUACUCAGGAACUGAUGCUGUCUUGGGUCGCAUUGGUGAGGACGGCUGCCCACAUUUUGGAUCAGACUGCCAGGCCUUCUAUCAUCAGUAG